AAAUCGCACCAGGAAUUGACAUGUGUCAUUCCUGGUGUCUCUUUUAGUAUAUAGUAAUUGAUAUAGAUUGACCAUUUUUAACAAGUUAUGUAGUCAUUCGUAAAGUCGUUAAAAUCUAAUUUGUCAAUUUUCGCAAUUUAAAAGACGCCUACAAUGAGUGACCCACCAGCUCGACCCAGCCUAUAAUCAUCUCCGGUGUCCGGAGUCAAGAGCGUAUUAUGUCAAAGAAAAAGAAAUGUUCCCUAUAAGGAAAAGAAAUCUCCCCCAUGAGCAAAAAGAGAUCUUCUCAAUUGUUUACCAUCCAACAAGAAUCUAAGACCUUUGCCGAGUUGCCGCCGCAUCAAUACGUACACGUCUUCACUUUUCCCUAAUAAUCAAUCAAAAUACUCCUCCAAAAAUGCCUUUUAAUCGUGAUUUUUUAAUUAAAGUUACAAAAAUAAUAAAAAUAUUCCACAAAAGAUAAACUUACGCAACGUUGAGGACUUGAGGUGCUGACUUCCGAAUAACAAAACCCUAAUUUCUCCCCCCUUUCUUUUCUUCUUCCUCCACCACUCAAAAACCAGUCUUAUCAUCUUUUUCUCUAUAAAUUCCCAUCAACCCCUUAUCUUUUCUUGCUUGUUUCAGAUUUCCCUCCUUCCAUUCUUUUCUGGGUAUCUUUUAAAUUUCCCUUCUUUAUCACAAAAUUAAAAUCAAUUUUGAUUCUUUAAAAUUGCAUUCACAUUCUUUUUCUAUCUGUAUUUAUAAUGGCAAUGCCUUGCACACAUUUCAUAUCAUCCGAAAAAGCAGCCAUGGAGAAUGGGUUUUUAUUAGGUUCACCCAACUCAAUUUCAUCCGCUUCUCGGGUUUUAACCCAGGACGAAUUGAAGAAAAUUGCAGCUUACAAAGCGGUAGAGUAUGUCGAAUCGGGUAUGGUGAUCGGGUUAGGAACUGGGUCGACUGCAAAGCACGCAGUGAGCCGAAUUGGGGAAUUGUUGCAACAAGGGAAACUCAAAGAUAUUGUUGGAAUACCCACUUCAAAGAUGACCCAUGAACAAGCUGUUUCAUGUGGGAUUCCCUUAUCGGAUCUUGAUACAUACCCGGUUGUAGAUCUUGCAAUUGACGGCGCUGAUGAGGUCGAUACAUUCAUGAAUUUGGUUAAGGGACGCGGCGGGUCGUUGUUGAGAGAGAAGAUGAUUGAGAGUGCUUGCAAGAAGUUCAUCUGUAUUGUGGAUGAAACAAAAAUGGUUAAGCAUUUGGGGGGCAGUGGUUUAGCUAUGCCGGUUGAAGUUGUGCCCUUUUGUUGGAAAUUCUCUGCUCAGAGGCUCAGGAACUUGUUUGAGGAUUCUGGGUGUGUUGCUAAACUUAGGGUUUACCCUGAAAAUGGUGAGCCUUUUGUCACUGAUAAUGAGAAUUAUAUUGUUGAUUUGUAUUUUCAGAAGGAUAUUGGGGAUCUUAAUGUUGCUAGUGAUGCAAUUUUGAGGUUGCCUGGUGUGGUUGAACAUGGUAUGUUUAUCAAUAUGGCAACUACUGUGAUUGUGGCUAGUGAGCUUGGGAUUACAAUCAAGAAUAAGUAGAGUUUUUAGUAUUUUUUGUUAUUUUUGAAUUAGGUGAAAUUUUGAUAUUGAGUAGGUUGAUAGUAUGAAAUUAGUGUUUUCAUACAAUGUAUGGAAACUGAUUUGAGUUUUCCUAGCAUUAACUUAUGGUAUCACAUUGUACUUUUAUUUAUAUCAGAAAUUGAAUCAGUGGUUAGAUGCUAUCAA